AUGUCCAACAAACUGUUUGAGCAAUUAUAUGAAAACUCCAAGCUUCUUGUUAAACCACCUUCCGACAGAACUCUACCAUUGAUUGAGCGUGGAUUAUCACAGAUUCAUAUUGAAUCAGAACAGAUCGCAGAAAGAGUAGCAAACAAAAAAAUUGAUCCGAAAGUAUCAUCAGAAGCUCAUUACUUCUUAGCACAUCACGGCAUUAAUAGCCAAAAGGCAACACAGUCAAUCGAGACUCUUGAUACGUCAAAGACAUUUACACCUGAAAUUAACUACAAUGAUACCAAUGUUGAGGACUUUUUGAGACGAGAACAAGAGAAGAUACGCAAGCGCGUUCUGGAAGAGCUUGGGAAAGCAUAA